AUGGACCACGAGACGAGGAACGGAACCGGCAGUAACGACAACGAGGAGUACACCAAUAUUUACUUCAUCGUCGGCGACCGCAGGGAGACGGCCACUUACAAGGCGAACCAGGUCACGGACAUGGAACUCAAGGAACUCUUUAGAAGCGCGGCAGAGGCUGGUCCUCUGGACAUCGUAAAGCUUCGCAAGGGAGACAAGCUCCUCAAUAUUUCAACUCAUCUACCGGCGAACACGCCCGAAACGCCUUAUGUUCUUCAGAUCGUCGGCGCUCAUCCCGCUUCUUCUGGGGUGAUCGAGGCGGAGGUACUUUGGGCUUUAGAGAGGCGCGUGGCGGCUUUAGAGCGGCAACUGCGAGAACAUCAAGAAGCUUUAUACGCCACACCCUCUCUCGCUCUACGAGAACUCAAACGCCAAGUGGACAGUUUCAAGAACAAAUUGGAGAACAAUGAUCAGCUGAGCUGGCUUAGUUUCUACAAGCUUCCGGAGCCCAUCUAUAUGGAAUCCUGCCGCAGAUUGCAGUAUCGUCGGAAGAGUGAUAGCAUGAAGCGGAAAGUUCGGGAGAAGUUCCUCAAUAUCUGUGACGUGACGGUUUCGUCGAACGUUCGCGAGUGGUUACGCUCGCCUGCCUUCGAUGCACGACAGUGGGAAGACGAGGAGCUGUUGCUGAUGCUGCAGACGAUGUUCAUUGAGCUCGACCUACCUCAAAAAUUCAGCAUUCCCUUACCGAUUCUGAGGAACUUCCUCUACGAAGUCUACAAUAAUUACAACGAGGUGCCAUUUCACAAUUUCAGGCAUUGCUUCUGCGUGGCGCAAAUGAUGUACGCGAUAGCCUGGGCAGUGGACCUUCCGUCGAAAAUUGGCGAUCUCGAGGUCCUCAUACUUAUUGUUUCCUGUAUCUGCCAUGAUCUUGAUCAUCCUGGCUACAAUAAUAUCUAUCAAAUAAACGCGCGGACCGAGCUGGCGUUACGUUACAACGAUAUCUCGCCCCUGGAGAAUCAUCAUUGCUCUGUGGCAUUCCGAGUCUUAGAGGCGCCCGAGUGCAACAUUCUCGCGUCAUUGGACAACUCUACGUACAGAAUAGUUCGCGAAGGCAUCAUAAGAUGCAUUCUGGCGACUGAUAUGGCCCGGCACAAUGAGAUUCUCGCCCAGUUCAUCGACAUUACUCCUGAAUUCGAUUAUACCAGCAAGGCGCACAUAAAUCUGUUGUCCAUGAUCUUGAUCAAGGUGGCUGAUAUAAGCAACGAGGCACGACCGAUGGAAGUCGCGGAACCGUGGCUAGACAGAUUGCUUCAAGAGUUCUUCAAGCAGAGCGACGCGGAGAAACUCGAGGGCCUUCCGGUCACGCCCUUCAUGGAUCGCGAUAAAGUGACCAAGCCGUCCUCCCAAGUUAGCUUCAUCGGCCUAGUUCUCCUUCCUCUCUUCGAAGCUCUCGGUGAACUACUACCCGAGUUGCAGGAUCUCAUAGUUCAACCGGUCAGGGAAGCUCUGGAGUAUUAUCGCAGACUGAACGAAGCAGCCAAAGAUGAGCGUCAUCAUCGGAGAAGCGUCGUGGAUAUCGGGGAGUCGGCUCCGUCUAACACGCCAAUCGCUACCGGUAGUUCUUCCACCGUUGUUAAGUCUACAUCGUCGCAUAGCAUGCGCUCAAAAAGGUCCGCCACGACAAUUCAUUCGCGUUCUCGUUCCACCGACGAUGAUAUCACAGAAAACUUGACGAUGGAGGAAGCGGAAAAUAUCGAGAGCUCUGAUCCGGAGACUGCCACGGAGGUAGAGAUCAGCGAAAAGACGCUCAAGUUCAAAAUCUCUACGGAGGGAACAUUGACUGGUCCGACCUCCGGUCGGAAGAGCUAUCCUGGCAGUCGGAAGGGCAGCCGGGAGAAGUCUUCGUUGGAUUAUCACAACCACGAUUUAGCCAAAGCUGUCCGUGACCACGAUUAUGAAAGGAGACGCAGUAGAGGCGAAAAUCUCGGUAGUGACUUGAGCUCUCCGGUGAGUGCGAGGUCUGCCGAGGGAACGCGGAUCCUUGAGGAGACGGAGAAGGAGACGAUUAUUUUAGAUGCCAAGAUUGAAAGCAAGACGCCUGAGGGAAACGGUAAUGUCGUCGCAGUGGAGGCCCGCUCGCAACCGAAGAAUAAUGUGAGGAAAAUUAGCAAUGUCAUAGAGAACGAUCACGAAAACAGACCAAGCCGCAGGGAUGCUCAUAGCAGUCGGGAGUCGGUCGGUGUGCGAUGUUGCUGCGACGACAAAACUGGGCCGAAUAACAAGUCUCUAUUUUCGCGACUGAGGAACUUUACGGAUCGUCUUAGCAUGAGCUUUGAUUCAAAGGAUUCGCCUAGUCCGAAACCGAAGCAUACUUCGAAGAUGCUCAAUAAGAGUAACUCGAUUAGUAGUGGUUCAGCUACGACUACCUCAUCGAGGUACAACAACUCAUUGUUUAUUUGCAAGCGCUGUAACUUGAUUAAGUCCUCAAUAAAGGAUGGCAACAAGACAGCCAUUGCAACCGUCGUGGAGUUAUCGCCGGUGGACAAACGGGCGAUGACUUUGCCAAAAGUUCGAAAGUCCACGGAUAGUAAGAAUAAGAGCUGGCGAACGGUAUUCGCUAAGGAGAAAAGGUCGUCCACUUCUUUGGAGGCUUUGCCAGCAGCCAGUUCCGGCUCCCGUUCGUUUUCCAAACACCGCAGAAACUUGUCAAAUCCCGAGGGCAAGUCGCAAAGCUUGAAGGAAACGAAAACUCGACAAACUCCGGACAUCGAGUUUCACGAGAUAGACGUUCGUUCGAAGAAUCAACAGCCUGAAAUUAUAGUCAAUCCAGACGAUACCUGCUGCGAUAUCGAAGAAGAUCUUGGCAAGAUAGAAAUCAGAAGAAGUUCGGCUAGUAUGGAGGAUAUAUCUAAAAUGGCGAAACAGGCAGCGGAGGCUGCUGUAUUAGGCGUGCUGGAUCCUAAAAAAGCGGAGGAGCGUCCUCACACCGGCAGUCUAGACUCAAUGCUCUGCAAAGAAGUGUCCAAAUCACGAAAGAAGCAUUCCGCAUUCUGUUCGCCCGCGACGACAAAAAAAUCGUCACCUGGACUAUUUUCGCGAUUUAAAUCUGGUAUGAGCAUCGAUAGCACUCGGAGCAAUAGCAACAGCGAUUCUUUGCACGAUCAUGGAUCGCAAAGCGGCUGGAUAUCCUCAUUGACAGCCAGCUUCCGACCGAAAAGACAUCCAAACGAAACGCCGUUGUCACCGCAUCCACCGAGGUCGCCCAGCAGAGAGGAGAUCAAGUGA